ACCAUAACCCACCCAACCGGUACCAUACCAUCCUCAACAUCUUCUCUUUCUUUCUCUCUCUUUCACUGUUUGUUUAUUCAGAAAAUUUUCGUGCAACGCAUGUCCUCUCAGAUAGUCCAUGUCGAUUUACCAAUCUCAACCAUGUGUCUACGAGAUGGGAAACUAGUUGAGGCCGAUUUCAUUUCAAUUUGAACUUUGAGGAGCUGCUUGAAACUGACUUCUGCCUUUGUUGCUAAUAAUCCGGACAUAAAAUGGAUGAUGGUCGGCAACACGAAAAUGGGAGACAUAAACUGGAUUAUUACAGAGGACCACACUCUCCGUGGAAUAUGAUGUCCCAGCAUCAAGUAAAGGAACCAAAUGCCUUAGUCAUGAAUAAGAAGAUCAUGUCCAUUAUUGCUGAGAGGGAUGCUGCAAUUCGUGAAAGGAAUGCAGCGCUAUCAGAAAAGAAUGAAGCCUUGGCUGCACGGGAUGAGGCACUUCGGCAGCGAGAUGAGGCAUUUGCUCAGCGGGAUACUGCCCUAAUGGAACGAGACAAUGCCCUUGCAGCCCUUCAAGUCAGAGAUAAUGGCAUUAGCUUUCCAUUGGGUGGUGGAAUUCAGCGAGGAUCAAAGCGUAUGCAUCACCCCUCAAACCAUAUGGUUAAUAUGGCUGAAGCUCCUUACAGCACGAAGGAUGCACAAAUAACUGAUGCCUUCCCAAUAACCGUGAUAGCUUCUGAAGCUGUCAAGUCACAUCAGGCUAAGCGAACAAAGGAGAACAAGGCUGUUUCAUCUAAGACAUCAAAGUCUCCGCGAAAACCAAAGAAAGUAGGUGAGGAUUUGAAUAGGCAGGCUGCUUCUGAUGGUAUUAAGUAUAGAUCUGAGUGGGAUAGUCAGGACCUGGGCUUGAACCUAGUUACUUUUGAUGAGUCUACCAUGCCAGUGCCAGUUUGCACUUGCACUGGAGUCCCCCGACAAUGCUACAAAUGGGGGAAUGGCGGAUGGCAGUCAUCUUGUUGUACAACCAGGAUGUCAAUGUAUCCACUACCUCAGAUGCCAAAUAAGCGCCAUGCCAGAGUGGGUGGCCGAAAAAUGAGUGGAAGUGUCUUUACAAGAUUGCUCAGCCGGCUGGCAGCAGAAGGCCAUGAUCUAUCUCUACCAUUGGAUCUCAAGGACUACUGGGCCAGACAUGGAACAAAUCGCUACAUCACCAUCAAGUAGCUUAGGAAUCAAUAUUUGGGAUGGAGUGGCCUUGGCCCAAAAUUAGAGCUAUCAAAUGAGCAAUUCAAAGUGUCUCGUACAGCCUAAAACAAAGGAAUUACAACUAAAAUGCGACUCCAUCUCCUUUCAGAUUCUAGCCAUUUCAAUUUUAAAAAAAAAAUUUCUAUUAUCAAAAUCUUUCAAAUUUCAACUUUCAAAAUUCAUCAUCAACCUCACUCUCUUUUUUUCCCCUACAGUACACCUGCAUUUUUAGGCAUUACAACAUAUAUUUUCAUUUUCCUGCAUUUGCAUGCAUGUCAAUAUGACCCAAGAAGAGGCUCAAACGAAACCAGCAUGGUGGGUUUCCAAUAUCAAAUCUUUCUUCCACUUACCCAACCCAAGAAUCCUAACCCUCUUCAUCAUUGGCAGCACUGCCACCACCUUAUUAGGCAUUGCCAUGAUAGUUGAAUGGGUUUUACAUGGCCAAUACCACCCAGGAUACUUCUGGAUUCUCUACUAUGCUCCAUCUUUGAUUGCACUCCCCGUCCUUGUAUGGAUUAUAUGCAUCAUCUUUGCCAUUUUCUACACCAAUGAUCAAAGUCUGCAUACAUUACAAAUAUCUGAUCUCUCAAAGAAGCAAUCACAGACUGAGGUCCUGGAGCAAGUCCAGGCAUUGCAAGAUCAGCAAGCUGUGGAGGAAAAUGGAAUUGAUGAUUAUGAUCAGAGUCAGACCUCAUGCUUGAUCAAAAAGCCUCCAAGUUUGGGAUCAACUUCUCGGGCAAGAAAUGAUAUAGAUCAUAAGUUAGCUUUGAAAAGGACAAAUUCUGUGCAAUUGUAACACACUCACACUGAUUACAGAGACAUUAGGCGUACGUUUAGUUUUCAACAAUGACAAAAUUAUUUUAGUUGCUUGAUGAAGUUUAUGUAGUUCUCUCUUAUCUCUUGUGGUUUAAUGUUCUAGUUUGAUAUAGGAUGACUGAACUGGAGGAAAAAAGAGCCAUACACUUCAAUCCCUCCUAUUUUGUUUUUACUGCUCUUGAUUAUGUUUUGUGGAACACAAUGGGCAUGAAUGGUUUGGAUAA